AUGCAACCGAACACUUCAAAUCUGCAGCACCUCGAUGAUUACCGACGUUAUGGAAGACAGAUGAUAUUGGAUGAAUUCGGCCUUCCAGGUCAACUGAAGCUGCAGGAGGCGUCUGUGGUGGUCGUGGGAGCAGGUGGACUAGGUUGCCCUGCCCUUCAAUAUCUUGCAGCAGCCGGUGUAGGGCGACUGGGGAUCAUCGAUCACGAUGUUGUAGAAUUGUCUAAUCUUCAGAGACAAAUACUACACACUGAAUCCCGUAUCAGUCUCCCAAAAGCUAAUUCCGCCGCCCAAGCGAUCAAACAAAUCAACUCUCGUGUAGUGGUCGAACCCGUUGUUCAAGCUCUUUCUCCUUCGAACGCAGUAUCCCUCUUGAGUCCAUACGACAUCAUCCUUGACUGUACAGACAACGCCCCUACACGGUAUCUUCUUUCCGACACUGCCGUACGCCUCGGCAAACCACUCAUUAGCGGCGCAGCGCAGAAAUUCGAGGGUCAGUUAUGCACGUAUCAUUUAGGCGAGGAUGGUCCAUGCUAUCGCUGCCUCUUUCCAAAGCCUCCAGCUCCUGAGAUGGCUGGUAGCUGCGAAGAGACUGGCAUUUUAGGCGCUGUCACUGGCGUCAUUGGGAACUUGCAAGCACUGGAGGCCAUCAAGAUCAUCACUGGUCUGCACGAAGGAAAAUCAUCCCUUCUCAUAUACUCCGCACUAAGCUUCCCCCCUUUCCGGAGCAUCAAGUUGCGCACUCGCCGACCUACAUGUCCGGCAUGUGGAGUCGAAGGCCAGAAGGUGGGCGAAAUUGCAGAUAUUGAUUAUGUGCAAUUCUGCGGUGGAGAGCGGCCAGACUGGUACACGAAAGGCUUAGUGCCUGGUGAUGCACAGACGCGAAUAAGCGCCACGGAUCUGAAGGCAAUCGUGGAUGCAAGAGAUGUCAAAAUCAUCGACGUACGCCCAAAAGCUGAGUACGGAAUCUGCCACUUGCCUUCAUCCACAUGGGUAUCACUAAACGAGAUCGUCGCGGAUCCUUCAAGAGUUUUGAGCUCCGAUGACGAAUCGUCUUCGAAAGAGAUCUACGUUGUCUGCCGCCUGGGCAACGAUUCACAGAUUGCUGCAGAUGCGCUUCGAGGAGCGAACUCGAAGGUCUUGGUGAAGGACUUGAUUGGCGGCUUACAGGCAUGGGCAAGAGAGGCGGAUCACACCUUCCCUGUAUAUUAAUACGAAUGCAUCCAUCGAAGGUCAAUCAGCC